AUUCUAGCGAAUGCUGCAGACAAUACAUAAGUCUGCCAUUUCUGCCAUACAGUCUGCCGGUCCCGGUGUCGAUCCUCCAGACCCGAAGGACAUCUACGGUGAACUUCUUGACAACAAUAAGAAGCUACAGAAUUGGAUUGGCUCAUAUAAGAGCAAGUGGCCCACAUAUGGGCUCACUCUGAUGUGUGAUGGUUGGACCGGUUCGAUAAAGCGGGCCAUCAUCAACUUUCUGACAUACUGUGAUACGAAGACCUUCUUCCACAAGUCAGUUGAUGCUUCGGAUAAGGUGCACAAUGCCUCAUACAUCCUCAGACUUAUGGAGGAGGUGAUUGAUCAGAUUGGAGAGGAGAAUAUCGUGCAGGUCGUCACUGAUAACGGGCCGCAAUAUAAGUUGGUCGGGCAGGUCUUGAUGGAGCGGCGACCACAAAUUUUUUGGACCCCAUGUGCUGCACAUUGCAUCGACCUUAUCCUGAUGGACAUUGGAAAGAUCCGUAGGGUGCAACAUACGGUGGAGAUAGCCCAACGCAUCACCAGGUAUAUUUAUAGCCAUACUUGGAUUCUUUCAUUAAUGAGAAAGUAUGCAGGGGGAGAAAUUCUUAAACCAGGAGUCACACGGUUUGCUACGAAUUACAUUGCACUUGAUAGCCUUAUUGAGAAGAAAGGAGCCCUACGUCAGAUGUUUAUCAGUCCCGAGUGGCAGGAAAGUAGAUAUGCCCAGGCCGGCACUAAAGGAAGCAGGAUGGAAGACUUGGUAAGCAGGCAGUCAUUCUGGCAGCGGGCCAAUACGAUAGUCAAGGCUAUCAAACCAUUAUAUGAAGUGCUGCGGGCCGUGGAUAGCGAGAGGUACCCCUAGAUGGGCUUUUUGUAUCACAUGAUGGAGAAGGCAAAGGCUCAGAUCAUGGAGGCAGAUGUAGCCCAUGCCCAGGAGUACAUCGACAUCAUUGAGCGGCGGUGGGGAGCCCAAAUGGGUAGGAAAUUGCAUCUAGCAGCAUACUAUCUGAAUCCCCGGUUUCAGUACGAGAGUGGAAUUGGUAUGGAUGAUGAACUUCUUCAUGCUCUGCGUAAUGUUAUUUAUAAGAUGGAGCCUGAUCCAGAAGUCGCCGCGUCAUGUAUAGAAGAGACCAAAUUAUUUAGAGAGGGCAGCCACAGCUUUGGACAGCGACCAGCUAUCGUGAGCAAGACAACUAUGAGUCCAGGUACAAUACAAAUCUGCAAGAUAUUUUUGCAUCUGAAUUAUAAUCCUAUGCUCGACUUGAUGAGCCCGAGCUUUGGACUGGCUUGCGGCCCAGCAGCAGGAGCCCGAGCUUGAUGAGCCAGGAUCGCCUCGACGACCAGCCAGCAUCAUAGCCACCGAGGCUAUGGUCGAUCCACAGCAAUGGACUGAGCGCAAUAUUCCACGCACUCCUACAGCUGAUAUGACGUGGCUAGAGGGGAGCCAGUCACCGCAUGACUGGUACGACGCUCCCGUUCAAAGAGAUGAUCCUCUCAUGCGAGGACGAGGACGCUCUAGUACCCAGUCGACUCGAUCAGGAGGGCGUCAAUCCCAGCAAAGAAGAAAAAGAAAGAAAAGGACCCCAAUGGAGAGUGUCGAGGAGGAGAUUUGGACCAGCAGCGAUGAAGGUUCUGGUGGUGAUGGAUCUACUAGCCAUGGAGGAAGUGGAGGACAAUAUGGUACUACUUAUGAGACACAGCCGGAGGGAGCUAUUCGAUACACCGGUGAGUCUCAGUUUACGCAUGCUACACAAGAUACGGACCACGAUAGGCCGUCUGAUAUAGGCCGGUCGGAUACCAUUGUAUAUCGAAGAAGAGCUUUUCGAGGUCGUUCAAGAGGCCAGGAUGCAGCUGCAGAUGACCUCUCAUGUGGAGUCGGAUCCAUUGAUGUAUCAAGUUCCGAGUCUUCCUAUUAUCCGCGGCCUCCGCCAGUCUAUGGAUAUGGUGUAUUAGAGUCAUCUUCCGGUGGCUACUACCCUGCGCAGCUUGGAGGGUCUUAUGGGUCGGAUUUUGGUGCCGGCAUAUUCGGAUGGGCCCCUUAUCAAGACACCUCUCAGAGCCAGAGCUUCAGCGAGAGAUUCGAGAGUUGUUAUGACCCGACGCGCAUUCCUCGAGGAUUGAACAUACAAGACUACAAUGCCGCUUGGUUAGAAGAAUGGGUUGAUC